GCGGACAAGGAGAUCCACGUUGCCUUUGUCGAUCUUAAGAAGGCUUUCGAUAGCGUGAACCGCCCGGCGCUGUACGAAGUACAACGUCGCUUCGGAGUUCCACCUCGUAUGCUGGAUUCUAUUCGGGGUCUUCACGAUGGCCUGCAAGCACGUAUUCUCUCCGAGGGCGAAAUUGGAGACGCUUUCGACGUGUCUUCUGGUGUUCGCCAAGGGUGUUGCCUGGCUCCGAUCCUGUUCGCCUUGUACUUCUCCGUUGUCAUUGACAUUUGGAAAACAUCACGCCCAGAGCGUCUACGAUUGCAUUCUUGCAUUGAUGGUCGUCUUCGCCGCUCGUUCACCGGUGGCUCGUUCCCUUCGAACGUCACGGCCGCGUCGCUGCUGGGCGCCCAGUUCGCCGACGACUUGGCGGUCAUGGCAGAGUCCUCCGGGGACCUUGCUGCAUUGGUGGUCUCUCUGAACCAGCACUUUACGCAGUGGGGCCUCACGAUGACCUCGAAGACGGAGCUGUUGUCCUUCGGCGCGCCCACGCAGAGCAUCGACGUCGGCCCCUUCGUCGUUGACGAGGCGAAUGACCUUCAGAGCGGUGGCACGGGCGCCGGCGUGGGCAACUUCAAGUACGUAGGCAGCACCUUCUCUCGGGACUCGACAAUCGACCGGGAGAUCUCUCUGCGGAUCCGGUCGUGCUGGGCGGCCUUCGGCAAGCACAAGCAGUGUGCCUGGCGGGUCAAGCAGCUGAACAGGCGUGUCAAGGGCAAGCUGUGGCUCGCGGGCGUGGCCCCGGCGGCCCUGUGCCGUCUGGGCGCCCUCCCUCUCGCUCCUCGGCAUAUUCGCCGUCUGGAGCGCACGCAGUAUAGCAUGGCGCGCGCGAUUCUUGGCAUUUCCCGGCAGCGGCAACACGACCGGCGCAUUUCUGACCGGGAUUUAUGUCAAAUGUUGGGGGUUCCGAACAUGCGGGGCCUGUGCGUCUCCGAGGUGUUGCGGCGCGCCGGGCACGUGGCCAGGCUCUCCAACGACCGGCUGCCGAAGCUCGCGCUGUUCAGCUGGCGCCCUGACCGUGCCCAGUCUACGCACUCCGCCCGUGGCACUUUCAUCACUUACCGGCGCACUCUGGCUUGGGCUCUCAAGGAGCGUAGGGUGCCUCUCGAGAGCUGGAUGUUUCUCGCCCAGGACAAGGGCCACUGGCGCAAGGACACCGUCCGGAGCACGGCUGGCUUCUCUGGCGGUCUCGCGACGCCGCCGGCUGCUCCAGCUGGUCAGGAGGAGGCAGCCUGUCCCGAGUGCGCCUGGGUCGGUACCAAGAACGGUUUGCCUGUGCACUUCCGCCGGAAGCACAAGGACACGUCUGGGCUCAGCUGGGAUGCCUGGUGUGACCUUCACAACAUCGUGCGUCGGCCCACUGCUCGCCGGCGGGACGCCGCUUUCAUUGCAGGGAGCCGGGUUGCGACGCGGCGUUUGGGUCACGAGCUCAGCUGCGGGCACAUGCUCUGUCGCGCCGAGAUCGGGUCAACCUGCCCGUCACGUGUCCUCACUGCGGACAUGAAUGUCGCGGGGCUGCCGGUCUGUCCAAACACAUGCAGCUGGUUCAUCCUGACGGUACUUUCCGUGCUGAAGCUCAUGAAUGCGUCUGCGGCCGCAGCUUCAAGACGCCGGCGUGGCUCACCAGGCAUCGUGCUGUGUGCCCGGCUGUUCAGGGACAACCUGGGGGAGGUCCGUGCCGGCCUGGACAAGCACGACGUCGCGCUGUCCAUCGUCAUGUAUCUGCCGGAGGCCCACCACAAGCAGGUGGAGGAGCACGCCCAGGCAUGGCAGGAUCUUCGCGACGACGCCCAGGGCCCGCAUCCGUGGCACUGCAGCAAGGGCGACGCCCGCUUCCAGCGCAUGAUGCAGCUGAUUGGCCAGGACGUGCAGCAGGGCGUGCUGAAGCUGACGGCUCCGGGGGGCGGCGGCUCGAUUGCUCCUGGCUUCGUCACCCCUGACGCGUUGCUGGGCGAGAUUAAGAAGGCUCCGGCCACCGGCGUGGCCGCUGUGGUGGAGAUCAUGAAGGGCCGCCGGGACAUUCACAAGUGUCCGUAUCGGUUGAUCUUGGCUGCCAGUGCUUGGGGCUCUCUCUUCCGCGAUUUUCUUUUCUGUCUGAAGGACGAGAGGGAUGUGCCCGGCGGGGAGGCGCGCCCGGACUGCUGGUCCAUCCGCCGCUGGAGGCGCCUGAACAAGGGCAAGGGGAAGGGCGAGGGCGACAACGGCAAGUAG